AUGAAGCAUGCCAAGGGGUUGAGCCGAUUAGCUGAAUUCCGAGGACUUGAUUGUUACCGAAACGAAUUUGACAGCAUCCUACUCAAGGCUUCCCGUGGAAUUAUUAUCAUGAAUUCCAUAUUCUCCGGUCAAGAAUGCUUCCUAGCAUCAGAGAGAUGGCAUCUUGCGAUGAAGGAGCACAGUGACACAUUCUUGCCAGCAGGUCUGGGAAAUCUGAUCGAAGAGUUUAUUGCGUAUUUCACAUUCGCCCCAAGUCUUAUACAUAGACUCUAUGCUCUCAAACAGGCGGACCCAGCAAGUCCAGAGACGUGGACACAGAUGUGGGAAACUCUCACGCGCACUCUCGAAAUGCAACACAAGUUGGAUGCGUGGUAUGACAGAUAUUCAUGUAUCGCACCUCCCCCAAGGGAAACCAUCUCGCCUUCCGGAGAUAAACUGCACCCCAUGGUUCUCUCAUAUUCAGACCCAACCAAUGCGUCGGUAUUCUGCGGUUAUUACUCUUACAUGGUGAUCAUACACGAGAUCUUCAAAGCUUGCGGCUACCCCGGCGAGCAUGAGGCCAUGACGGUGUACUUCCGGGACCAGAUCUGCAAGUCUGUCGAAUACAAUGGCAGAGGUCUCCUUGGACCGUACCAGAUGGCAUUCCCUUUGCGGGUAGCAUUUGAAGUCGCGGGACCUGUGGUCAAAUCAUGGAUCAAGGGUUGGCUUAUACAAUUUUCGAAUGUUUAUCCAGCUUUACAACCGCAGCGGCUUGAACGAUCUCUUCCUGACUAA